AUGUAUACUUACUUAGUUACCGUUAAGGUUUCGUAUAGUGAUCUACAUGUGACGAGCACGAAUGUCGUCGAUUUUUUCGUGAUUCUGGAUGCCGUUAUUGAUGCGAUGGUUGAACCUAUGUGGUUUGCUCCACUCGGUAUUACAUGUUUGGUUUGUGGUAACCUACUGGAACUUGAUGAUUUGUCCGAUACCGCCAGCGUUCUAUUACUCUACGCUUACGGUAAUCGCCGACUUUUCUACUCUACACACAGUUUAAAUUACGUGUCCGAAUUCUGUAUU